AGGACCCAAAGCUGUGCAAUUAUCAUCCUUAUUUUCAAAGUGAGUAGAUCAUUUACAAUGUGUACAUUGAUUAUUAUUUAUCCGAGCGUAGAAGUAGGUGCUCUACACUAGUACUUACUUUUAACAUUUUCCGACAUUCCUGCCACGGCACCCCUGAGGCAGCCAGGGUGUCGCUAUUGCAAUCUAUUUGUCGGGUCCGGAUGAAUUGAAGCUGCAGAUAUUAUAAUAUGCGAUAAAUAAUAAAUCAGUUCUUCGCUAUGUUAGAGUAUCUCUUCGGCAGCUCCGAGGCUCUGGAUGAAGCCGCCGAAAGGGCCGCUGUCCAGGAGCAAAAUAUCCGCUACAGCUACGGCGCACAGAUACCCACCGCCCCAAACUCUGCCACGAGUUCCAGCCGAAAACAUGGAAGUGGGGGUGGCAAAUCCCGACGAGGAUCGACGACUGCAGGAACAUCACAGGUGGGUAGAAAUAGUGGCAGCGCCAUGCUGAGCAUGCAGCUCGAUCCGAAUCUUUCUCCCGAGGAACGGAACAAGCAGCAGUUUCUGCACUUCCUCUGCCGGUUCCCACUGGACGCAGUGACGCAACUUCGACAGGCGUUGAAGGAGGAGCUGAAAUCGCGGUCCAGCGAUAUCAUGGUCACGCCAAACAGCACGAAGUCAACGUCGAAUUACGGAAAUGGCGGCACAACUUCUUCUGCUGGCGCUGCGAACAGUACUGGCUCCUACGACUACCAACCCUCCAGUAGACAAAGCGGGGCGAUGCUGCGGGGAGAGCGAAACAGCUCCACAUCUGGAGCGAUGUUGAAUUUCUCCGCGACAACCGCCGGCGUUCUCAACGGGUACCACGACCCGAGUGCGGCGGACACCUCGGCGUUUAUGCACACAGCGUUUAACGACAGCGAAAAUCUGUUGAAAAAAUCCACCGCGGUGACCGACGUGGGACAGCAAGUGGAAAAGUUGAAAUUGGAAGAACUUGUGAAGUGCUUUUUCCCCCAGUCGGAAUUCGCUGCGUUUCUCGGCUCCGCGUUCGUCCGCGACCCGAAUUUCCUCGACUUGCACUUCCGCAAACUCCCCGAAGUGAACGUGGAAGCGCUGAAACAGCUGAUCGCAAAUUAUUUCGAUUUGAUCAACUGCGACGUGAAAAUCCCGAUGGUGAUAGAUUUUUUGCAACUCUUCGUCUUGGACGUGAGGGACCGGCCGGAACUGUUGCUGAAAAACCUGAGAUCGGUGAUCAACUUCGAAUUUUUGACCAUUUUUCACGCCGCGGGCCCUGUCUUACAAAAAGUUUUCCAGCAAUACGGAGGUAAUAGUCCAAGGAGGGACUACAUCACAGACUCCGUGUACAAAAUCACCCAGUACCCGGAGAUCCACUCGCCCUUAACUGCCAAACUCACCGUCGAACCGUUUGACGUCACGCAGAGCUUCGCGAAAUUCAAAUCGUUAUUGAAGCCCAUGUCGACAGUUGCAGUCCGGCAGGUAUUGAAGCAGGCGAAGAUUCUGAAAACGACGACGAAUUCCCACAGUUACUCCGCAGAGGAGGAAGAAAUGUUGUUCAACGGAUACGAUGCGGGGCAAGAAACGGUCAUUUUAGACCUUUCCGCCUUCCACUCCCCCUCCGGUGAGCCGCUCGGCGAGUACGCGAUGGCAGCGGUCCCCAGCUACAACGCGAGCAUUGCCGCUGGCGAGCACGCGGUCUUGAUCACGAAAAACAAGCAAAGCGCGGCAUAUAACAACGGCGGCCAUUUAGUCCAAACUAGUCCUUCUCUGCCCGGCCGGACGACGUCGAUGGACGAGUUUUUAGAAGUUGAGUCGGACGAUGACUCCAUGGAUUUGAACCGGAAAACCUUCCCGGAGAUCUUCCUGAAAAUCCGGAGGCCCGAAGUUUACCAGAAAUUGGAGGCGGAACGGAAAGUUUUGUACCAAGUCACGGAGGAAUUGCCGGGGGCGAGGUCGUAUUUAUUGCAGAGUUACGUGGACAAAACGUUGUAUGAGUGCGAUUUUGAGCAGGAACAAAUGUACUUGGAGCUCGGGUACGAGAAAUACAACGGGAAGGGAAAGCAGAAAAACAUCGUGGUGCCGCGGGUUUUGGCCAGGCCGCAGGGGGUGAAUGGGAAGAACGGGAACAAUUUGGCGAUAAAUAGCGGGUACUCGUCGAUGAACGGGAACGGGAAUAGUGGUACGAAUGUACCGGGGCAGCUGUCUGCUGCGCCGGGAGACCCAGGUAUUGUUUGAUGUGUUUAUGAUAGCAUUAGCGUUUCGGUUUCGAAUUGCAUUUCAGGCCCAUGGAAUUGCAGUUGGACUCUCACAUCACAAGUUACGUGCGGUGGCAGCUACUACAGCUACAGCACAUGGCUUCGUUCUAACUUCUAAAGCAUUUCCAAAUCAUUGCUUCCCCCGCUCAGGUAUUCUCAUCCUCGAGAUGGCUCCUGGCCGCCCAUUCGACCGUCUUCUCGCGGAGCAGCAAGCUUUGCAGGAAAAGAACACGCCAAUCAUCGACUGGCACAGCGCGGUGGACAGUUACCUGGAUGCGUUUGAGGUCUGGCUGUCCGUCGCGUUGGAGAAGCAGCACCGGCACACCUUUUUCCACGGCGACCCGCAUCUCGGAAACUUGUUCUGGUGCGACAAGAGCAAAAGGUAUAAAUUAAAGCGGAUGAUUUGGGUUUGUCAUUGUCUAUGA